AUGGCGGACGGAAGAGGAGAACCCCUCGGCGGGGCUUACUCGCCGGCGAACCCAGAUGCCGCGGGCACACCCGCUGCUCUCCACUCGUGUGGUUCCGUGUCAAGUUUGGCUGGUGCAUAUGCACCCCCUCUGGCCUGCGAGAGCCGCUCUCCCGCAGAUAUUUCUGGGGCUGGCGGGCGAGUCGAGGAUUCCCUGAAGCACCUAGCAGGAGUCCCUGCCUCGUCUUUGGCGGCCGAAGAGACUGUGGCUUCUUCUGGUGUUGAGUCUCGUCUUUCGUGCCAGGUGAUGCCCUCUUCUUGCGUGUUGAAACUCGUAGGCGACUCUCCCGCCUCCCUGUACAGUACGUGCCUCUCGCGGCAUUUAUCUUCUCCGCCAGCGUCUACCACCAUUCAGACGCCGGCUGUAGCGCCCUCCGCGUGUCCAUGCUACGUGUUCUCGAGUGGAGCUUCAAGAGCUGCACCGUCGCGCGCGGAACGCGAGGAGAAUUUUGAAGUGGCUGCCUCCGCGCGAACGUCAGACACUGUGGCACCGGCGGUGAGCUGUCUGACUUGGGAAGGCAUUUUACAGCGAGGCGUGGCGGCUGCUGCCCCCGAGCCGUGCAUGGCGGACAGCCCCGCGUCGAGGUUGCUCCAGUUUUACGCCUUCUUGGUCGACCCUCUCUCUCGCAGCGCAGCAGCGCCCAAGGGGGGGCACGCCGCCCAAAUAGCCGACCCCGUCGUUGGUGCAGCAAGCGGCGAUGACGCGACGUCAAACACGUGGACAAAUGCUGCAGAGGGAGUCGACAGGGCACGCCAACUGCCACAGAUAAACGGUGAGGGUCUCCUGGCAAGCGGAGGCUCUGGCGCCGCAAACACCAGGGGACAAAUGUGCCACGACUGCAGACUGAGUCGGGAGAUGGCGCUACGUGCAAAUGACGCACUUGGAGGAGAGGUCCCGUCACGGAGAGCGGGGUCCGCUGGUAGCGGGGCGUCAGCUUCGGUCCAAGACGCGGAGUUGUUUGAGGGCAGCUCUCAGCGGGACGCUGGGCAGGAGAGCGGGCGCGUUUUUGAACAGGAACAUGAGGCGUUAGAGGACGACGAAGGAGCCUUGGUUCGAACAGGGGCAGACCUGGGUUCGAAAGCGACCGGGCAAGGCCAGUUGAGUCAAGUCAGUGGAAGUUUUACGCGCUGCAGCUUCGCCCGAGGAACCUUUGCCAAGGUUGGAGUGCGACUGCCGGGGGCGCAGGGCCUAGUGGUUUUGUGGGUUUGGGGGCGGGGGUUUCGAGUGAAGUCGGAGAUGUUCGCUGCCUACCUCGAAGACAAGGAGGCACCUGAAGUAAUUGAAGGCGCGGUAGCCGUUGCGGCAGGCCUUACGAAGGACCAAGCCGCUCCGUUCCCAGGCGACCCGGGAAUGCGAAAACAGCUUCGGAAUGCGUGGCUAGUUUUAUUGCAAGACGUGGGCCGCGAGACAACCGUAGUUGUCAUGGUGGUUUGGCUGCGGCUUCGCAAAAUCUUCUAG